AUGUUGCUGACCACUCUGCUCGUCCUGUUGAGCUCUCAGUGCGUCUGGACCAGAAAGUCUGAACCUGUCCUGGAUGAGGCGGACGCAGGUUUCUUCAGGGGGUCGGACAGGUAUGACUUCGCUGUGGAGGUGCCUGCCGCAGGAAUGGAGUGUUUCUGGCACUUUGCUCAUCAGAGUGGAAGCUUCUACCUGACGUACAUGGUACAGUGGUUAACGGGGAUGGCGAACAAUCAUCAGUUGUUUGUGACAGUCCACUCACCGCAGGGCGCUCUCAUGGCUUCAAAGAACGAAGCCGUCGGUCAGAUGAACUUCCAAACUGAGGUGACAGGUUUUUACCGGAUGUGUCUAGGGAACCGUAACAACCAGUUCGGAGGCAUCAGGGUCUUUGUGAACUUUGGUGUCAUCUACGAAGGUUUCGAGGAGUCAAAGACCGAGAUGGAGGAGGAAGUGAAAGUCCUCAACAACACGUUGGCUGGUAUCGAGGGCAGUGUGCAGAAGCUCCAGAAUCAGAUCUUCCACAUGUGGCGUCAUUACAACUUUGCCCGCAUGAGGAAAGGGAAGGAUCACUACCUCCUCCAGUCCAACUUCAACUACGUCACUUGGUGGUCAGCCACCCAAAGCCUCGUCAUCAUCCUGGCGGGAUACCUGCAGCUCCACGUCCUCAAAAGACUCUUCCACACGGACUCCAGCAGGCCACGAUGCUGAGAGAAGAACUUCCACACCACUUCCAGGAGGCUGCUUUCACCAGCUGCCAUGACCUCUACUGUCUCACAUCAGAGUUUCAAGUUGGAAAAGAUAAAAGAUUGUGCACACUUUCUGAAGCUAGAGAACACAAACAAUUUUCCGAAAGACAUUUGUUUCCUAAAUGUUCUUUUGUGGCCUUAAAUUUGUUCAUGUAGCCACCAAGACGUCUCACAACUUAUUGUCUCCAGUUCUAGGUCAUAUCUCUCAGAUAUGUCAGACAGCUCUUUUACAAAAUGUCUUAUGAUGCCACUCAUGAAA